AUGAGUCAUCAGUUCACCCGGUCAUCCCAGAGCAGUAAGGGCUUCAGUGGAAGCUCUGCUGUGGUCUCUGGCCAGAGCCACACCAGCUCUAGGAGAUCCAAAUCAUCCUCCCGAUCGGGAGGGAUGAGCAUGGCCACUACCUGUGCCAUGAUAGGUGGUGGCUUUGGCAGUAGGAGCAUGUACAACCUGGGAGGAAGCAAGAAGAUCUCUUGUAGUGUGGCUGGGCCCAGCUUCUGUGGAGGCCAGAGCAGUGGCUUUGGUGGGAGAGGAUCCUACAACUUUGGAGGCAAAACUGGAGGCUUUGGAGGAGGAUUCAGUGGUAUCAGAGGUGGAUUCAGUGGUGGUUGUCCUGGGGGUUUCCCUCUUGGAAUUCAAGAAGUGACCAUCAACCAGAGUCUUCUGCAGCCCCUCAAUGUCAAGCUUGAUCCUCAGAUUGGAGUGGUAAAGACCCAAGAAAAGGAGCAGAUUAAAACUCUCAAUAACAAAUUUGCCACUUUCAUUGACAAGGUUCGGUUCUUGGAGCAACAGAACAAGGUUCUAGAGACCAAGUGGUGCUUCCUGCAGCAGCAGACAGAGAGCUCCAGUUCCAGUUCCAAUAACUUGCAGCCAUUCUUUGAGUCCUACAUCAGUUGCCUCCAGUCCUACCUGGAUGGGCUUCUCAGGGAGAGGAACAACCUGGAGGGAGAGCUAAGUACAGUGCAGAACAUGGUGGAGGAAUAUAAGAAAAGGUAUGAAGAUGAGAUUAAUAAGCGAACUACAGUGGAGAAUGAUUUUGUGGUGCUGAAAAAGGAAGUGGAUUCUUCUUAUAUGACGAAAGUGGACCUGGAAGCCAAAACAGAGGGCCUAUCAGAUGAGAUCAACUUCCUGAAGGCUUUAUAUGAAGCUGAGUAUAGCAAGGUGCUAUCAGAAACAAGUGACACCUCUGUGAUCGUCUCCAUGGACAACAACCGAAGACUGGAUCUCGACAGUAUCAUUGCUGAGGUCAAAGCUGUGUAUGAGGAAAUGAUUCAAAAAAACAAGACUGAUGCUGAGGCCCUAUACCAGUCCAAGCUUGGGGAGUUGGAGAUCACAGCCGGCAAGCAUGGGGAUGACCUGAGGAAUACUAAGAGUGAGAUUGCUGAGAUCAACAGGAUGAUCCAGAGGCUGCAGGCCCAAAUAGAGAGUGUCAAGAAGCAGAAUGCCAACCUGCAGACAGCCAUUGCAGAUGCUGAACAACGUGGGGAACUCGCCCUCAAGGAUGCCCAGGCUAAGUUGGCUGAGCUCAGGGAGGCCUUGCAACAAGCCAAAGAGGACCUGGCCCACCUGCUCCAGGAGUACCAGGAGCUGAUGAACACCAAGCUGGGUCUGGACAUUGAGAUUGCCACCUACAGAAAACUGUUGGAAAGCGAGGAGUGCAGAAUGUCUGGGGAGUGCCAAAACACUGUGUGCAUUUCUGUUGUCAGCAACACUAACACCAGCACUGGUACUGGAAGCCAUUCCAUUGGAGGCAACAGAGGUGGACAGAGCACUCGGGGAAGCAGCAUCUCAGGCUCUGGCUCUAGCAACCGUGGUAGCCAGAAUGUGACUACUGGUCAGAACUCCCAGUCUGGAAGUAGAAGAGUCACCAUUGGCCAGAGUUCUGAUGGGAGCGGCGGUUCGUCUUCAACCAGGAUCAUCCAGACCACCACCAGCAGCCAACGCUCCCUGAAGUAUUAA